AUGGGUUGUUGUGUUAGCAGUAACGACGAUAAACUACCUCCAACUAUAUCCAAUUCUUCACAACAAAGUGUAGAAGAAACAGUUAAAGAAGUCCUCUCUGAAACUCCCACUACUAUACAAAAACCAAACCUCUAUAACACUACUGAUAAUAGUCCCAAUAAUAUGGAACAAAAACGCAUUAUGAAGAAACCCAUCAUAACUAAUAAUUUCAACCACCCUGAUGAUGAAGUAUCCGAGAUCAGUGAUGCAACAGUAACAACAGAGAAGCAAUAUGCAGCCGAAGAUGACGUCACUGAAUUCCGGCGACGGUCACCGGCGAAGUACGGGAAUCAGAGAAGUGUAGGGAGCUCGCCGGCGAGAAGAUCCGACCCGUCUCCGGGACGGGUCAGAUCCGGACCCGGAAGGAGGGAUAAUGGGGAAUGUUCGGGUAGGAGGUCGAGGUCACCGGCGAUGAGGGCUGAGAAUGGUGGAUACGGGUCGGGUUUAGGGAGGAGUCCGUCGGUGAGGAAAACGGGCAAGUCGCCGGGUCGGGUUAGAUCCGAAUUGGGAGAUCGGAUCAGGAAGAUGGAUCAUGAGAGAGAUUAUGGAAAUGGGGGAGAAAACAAAAAGUGGUCACCACCGACAAAUGGAAAUGAAUCUCUUGAAAAUCCACUUGUGUCCUUGGAAUGUUUCAUUUUUCUUUGA